AUGACUGAGUUGAAGUACAUUUCUGGAUUCGGGAAUGAGUGUGCCUCAGAGGACCCUCGCUGCCCAGGUGCCCUGCCAGAAGGACAGAAUAAUCCUCAAGUUUGCCCCUACAAUCUGUAUGCUGAGCAGCUCUCAGGAUCAGCUUUCACUUGUCCACGGAGCACCAAUAAAAGAAGCUGGCUGUAUAGGAUUCUCCCUUCAGUUUGUCACAAGCCUUUUGAAUUCAUUGACCAAGGCCACAUCACUCACAACUGGGACGAAGUUAAUCCUGAUCCUAACCAGCUGCGAUGGAAACCAUUUGAGAUUCCAAAAGCCUCUCAGAAGAAAGUGGACUUCGUGAAUGGCCUGCACACCUUGUGUGGAGCUGGAGACAUCAGGUCUAACAAUGGGCUUGCUAUCCACGUUUUCCUCUGUAACACCUCCAUGGAGAAUAGAUGCUUUUACAAUUCAGAUGGAGACCUCCUGAUUGUUCCCCAGAAAGGGAAACUUCUCAUUUACACCGAGUUUGGCAAGAUGCUUGUUCAGCCCAACGAGAUCUGCGUCAUUCAGAGAGGAAUGCGGUUCAGCAUCGAUGUCUUCGAGGAGACUAGAGGCUACAUCCUGGAGGUUUAUGGAGUCCACUUCGAGUUGCCUGACCUGGGACCAAUUGGAGCCAAUGGCUUGGCCAACCCUCGUGAUUUCUUGAUACCUGUUGCCUGGUAUGAAGAUCGCCAAGUGCCAGGUGGUUACACUGUGAUUAAUAAACACCAGGGCAAGCUAUUUGCUGCCAGACAGGAUGUCUCCCCAUUCAAUGUUGUGGCUUGGCAUGGGAAUUAUACCCCCUACAAGUACAACUUGGAGAACUUUAUGGUCAUCAAUUCAGUGGCCUUUGACCAUGCAGACCCAUCCAUUUUCACGGUAUUGACUGCUAAGUCUGUACGCCCUGGAGUGGCCAUUGCUGAUUUUGUCAUCUUCCCACCUCGAUGGGGGGUUGCUGAUAAGACCUUCAGGCCUCCUUAUUACCACAGGAACUGCAUGAGUGAAUUCAUGGGACUCAUCAAAGGUCGCUAUGAGGCAAAGCAAGGUGGAUUCCUGCCAGGGGGAGGCAGCCUGCACAGCCCAAUGACUCCCCAUGGGCCUGAUGCCGACUGCUUUGAGAAGGCCAGCAAAGCCAAGCUGGCACCUGAGAGGAUUGCUGAUGGCACCAUGGCAUUUAUGUUUGAGUCUUCUCUAAAUAUGGCCGUCACCAAGUGGGGGCUGAAGACCUCUAAUUGUCUGGAUGAGAACUACUACAAAUGCUGGGAACCUCUCAAGAGCCACUUCACCCCCAAUUCCAGGAACCCUGCAGAAACUAAUUGA